ACAUUUCCCUCCAUCUUUUCAGGUUCUGUUGCAUCACUUUCGCAGCACGUGGCCCCACCCCUUCGCCAAAAUCCGGCUGUUAGAUGUGACAUCGAGGCUGCUCAGGAGAAGUCACCAUGUCUUAAACACAGAGGGGCCUUCUGGAGCCCUCUCCCCCAACCCUGGCCCCCCUCCCCACUCCCCCYCCCUCGCCCCCUCUCCCAUCAACCACCUCACACCCUCUCCCAGUCCCGUCCAACUUCCGGACCUCCCUGCCCAUGUGAGGAACAGGCUACCCAGCCCUGGCUCCCUGCCGGCACAUCCCUCCCCUCCCCCCGGAGAGAUGAGCUUACAGAAGCACCAGCAGCUGAGYUGUGGAAGUGGUGGAGUGAUGGGUUCUGACCGGGACCUGCAGUCCACAGCUUCCUCCAUCUCCCUGCCWUCUGUAAAGAAGGCUCCGAAAAAGAGGCGCUUCUCCCUGGCUUCUCUUUUCAGAAGACGGGGACGAGAUUCUAAAUCGGGGCGCGAAAGGUCCAGAGAACUCCAGCUCCCUGGGCCUGGAGGGCUAACGGGAGUGGAUGGCAUUGCCAGCAUUGAGAGCAUCCACUCAGAGAUGUGUAAUGACAAGAACUCCGACUUCUUCUCUGUGGCUGUGGCCGGAGAUGCCUCUGCUGCUGCUGCUGCUGCUGCUGCUGCUGCUGCUGCUGCUGCUGCCUCCACCUCAUCUGCCUUAGGGCCUUCAUCCUCUACCUCCUCCUCCUCCAGGGCUGGAGUUGGUUCAGAGCUACUGGAGUGCCCACUGUGCCUUCUGCGCCACUCUAGGGAGAGCUUCCCUGACAUAAUGACCUGUCACCACCGCUCCUGCAUCGACUGCUUGCGCCAGUACCUGCGUAUUGAGAUCUCAGAGUCACGUGUCAAUAUAAGCUGCCCCGAGUGCACAGAGCGCUUUAACCCACACGAUAUACGCAUGAUCCUGGGCGAUCGAGGGCUGAUGGAGAAAUAUGAAGAGUUCAUGCUGAGGAGGUGGCUGGUUGCUGACCCAGACUGUCGAUGGUGCCCUGCCCCAGACUGUGGAUAUGCAGUAAUAGCCUUUGGGUGUGCCAGCUGUCCAAAGAUCACAUGUGGCAGGGAGGGCUGUGGGACUGAGUUCUGUUACCACUGUAAGCAGCUGUGGCAUCCCAACCAGACCUGUGAUGCUGCUCGACAACAGAGGGCCCACAGCCUCCGCCUGAGAACGGUGCGCUCGUCAUCCCUCAGCUACAGUCAGGAGAGCGGGGCUGCAGCCGAUGACAUCAAACCAUGUCCUCGUUGCGCCGCGUACAUCAUCAAAAUGAAUGAUGGGAGCUGUAACCACAUGACCUGCGCUGUCUGUGGCUGUGAGUUCUGCUGGCUCUGCAUGAAGGAGAUCUCAGACUUGCACUACUUGAGUCCAUCAGGCUGUACUUUCUGGGGGAAGAAGCCGUGGAGCAGGAAAAAGAAGAUUCUGUGGCAGCUGGGAACACUCGUGGGCGCUCCUGUUGGAAUCGCACUGAUCGCUGGUAUAGCUAUACCCGCCAUGAUGAUUGGGAUCCCUGUAUACGUGGGUAGGAAGAUCCAUAACCGCUACGAAGGUAAAGAUAUUUCCAACCACAAGAGGAACCUGGUGAUCGCUGGUGGAGUGUCCCUCUCUGCCAUCGUGUCUCCGGUGGUGGCUGCAGUCACUGUAGGCAUCGGCGUUCCCAUCAUGCUUGCGUACGUUUACGGCGUGGUGCCCAUCUCUCUGUGUCGCAGCGGAGGUUGUGGCGUUUCUGCAGGAAAUGGGAAAGGAGUGCGUAUCGAGUUUGAUGAUGAGAACGACAUGAAUGUUGGCAGCGGGGCGGCUGUCACCGACUCUACAUCAGUGGCAGACACCAGAAACAACCCCAGUAUCGGGGAGGGCAGUGUGGGAGGGAUGACAGGCAGCUUCAGUGCCAGCGGCAGCCACAUGGACCAUCUGGGAGCCACCAGGGACAACCUGAGCGAGACGGCCUCCACCAUGGCCUUAGCUGGGGCCAGCAUCACAGGCAGCAUCACCGGCAGCCUCUCUGGCAGUGUCAUGGUCAAUUACCUGAACAGGCUGGAGGUGCAGGCGGAUGUGCAGAAGGAGCGCUGCAGUCUGAGCGGGGACUCGGCCACAGUCAGCCUGGGUACAAUCAGCGAUAAUGCGAGCACCAAAGCAAUGGCUGGAUCCAUUCUCAACGCCUACAUGCCUGCAGACAG